GUCUUUCCGAACCUUGGGACCCGUUAAUUUCGGCGUAGCUGGUGAAACAGCGUGAGUCUUUCAGAGCAUCGCAGUUGAGGAGCUAUGAAGAAGACCACACGGUUUACAAGUUUCCUCAAACAGACUGUGGGAAACUCAUGUGGAACGGUUGGGCUUCUGCAUGCUGUGGCCAACAAUAAAGACAAACUAGAAUUUGAGAGUGACUCUGUGCUGAAAACGUUCUUAGAAGACACAGUAAACAUGUCUGCAGAGGAAAGAGGCAGACAGCUGGAAAGCAAUCAGGAAAUUCAUAAAGUACAUGAUGGGGUGGCAGUGGAGGGACAGUGUCAGGUAGAAGAAGGAGAAAUGGGUUUUCACUUAAUUACUUUUGUCAAUGUGGAGGGACAGCUGUGGGAACUGGAUGGAAGAAUGAAUCUCCCUGUGAAUCAUGGUGCUACAAAUGAAGACAGUUUUGUAACUGUAUACAGUAUUUAAACAUCAAUAGAUAAAAUAGAUUAGGUGCGCUUCUCAGCUGUGGCACUGUGCACAUGGCACAGGAGUGGCGGAAAAGGUCUCCGUGAACAACUAGCUGCUAAGCUCAUAAACCUGCCUGGGACUUAAGUGUGUGUUUUAAAUGCUUAUUGUUCCAUCUUUUCACCUACUGGUAUGCUGACUCUUAUUUGCUGAAAAGUACACAAAAGAAGCAGUAUGCUGCCACUUUGGAGUUUUAUAAGUUAUACACCCGUGGAAAACUCAGUUGACCAGCUUGGAUUUAAAAUAGAUGUUUCAGCUAGCAACUAUUUCAUUAACUAGACGAGCUAGAGAUCUACGGGCUUGUUUUUAAGUUGAAUUUUAUACUUUGUCUAAUGGAUCUGCUGUAGAAGACCUUAAGUCAGGUUCCUUUAUGUAUUUUGGCAGAAGAUGUAAUCACUCGAUAAUACUGCUUUGUUCAGAGUAGACAGAAAAGAUCUUUGUUUGAUUAUAAAGCUCCCAGCUUGGAAUGACAUACUGUUUAUAAAACUGCAUAAGUUUGUACAUCUGGUCAUGCAUGUUGACCUUUAACACAAGCGGAAUACAUUUAUUCGUCAUGUGGUCUGUAGUCAUUUUUGCACAAUAGCUGUGAAGUGCUAUUGUGCCAAAGUGGCAUAUGGUGUCACAUUGAGUAUUUAAGCGGUACUUAGGAGUACAUGUGAAUUAGCGGUUAUUAAAAAGCACGCGUUGAAUCGUUGUUUUUAAGCGUACUGUAUAUGUGAAGUGUUACCCUGCCCUGCCUGGUGUGGGCGCCCCUCAGCAUGUGCCCUUUGGGUGCGGAGCGGGCGUGCAGCACUGGCGGCCGGCUGAUGCACUCGGCUGCUUUGCAUUGGCUGCUGGCGCUCACUCCUGAUCUGUUUAUUUGCGGUCGUCGGUGCGACGCGCUGUGCAAUGCGAGGGCGCCGUAGCGGAGGUACAGAAUCGUGUGAAGCGCACGGAUCUUCCGCAGCCCAGAACCAACAGCAAGCAGUGAAAUCUCACUCCCCAGGUCUCCGUGGUGCUCU